CAUCAGCACGAGAAUGAAAAGAAGAAUCUGAUCGAGUUUGAAGCGGUUCUUCUUCGUGAAGAUUAAACACUUAAGCUUACUAUUGGGGGAAACGUGACAAGUGUCCUGUGAUGCAGUGGAACGUGCUUUUUCUUGUUUAGUCUGUUGAUUUGUUUAUAUACAAUUCUUGUUUUCGUAGAGAGGGAUAAGAAAUUACUCCUAGUCUGGUCGUUUCUUUUCUUUCUUUUUUUUAACCUCCCUUUUUAGCUUGGGCAGCCAUUGCCGUUAGUUAUACCUAUACGAUUGACUUCUUGGUGUUUUCAACCCAACCAAGACCAAAUCUAAAUCCAAACACCUAAUCAAUUCGGUUGCAAGCAAUUCCUCUUUGACGAUCGUCGAUCAUUAAUCCACAUACACCUACGGACAGCAAUCGACAAGAUGUUGGCCCUCACGCAUAACGACCAUAGUGCCCCGGAGCUGACCUUGGCAGUUCUUGGCUGCGGUACCAUGGGAAUCGCAAUUCUCUCCGGAAUCUUAAGUUCCCUGCAGGAAAUGUCCGGUCCCAAGCCACUGCAGACGCCUACCGGAAGAUGUACCCCUGCGGACGAGGUCCCCGCCCGUCUCCCCUCGCGCUUCAUCGCAUGCGUGCGCCGACCCGAGUCUGCAAAGAAAGUCAAGCAGGCUCUGUGGGAGCAUAGUUCCUCCGUCAAGGUGGUCCAGAAGGAUAAUGUUGCCGCAGUUAUGAAGAGCGAGGUUAUUAUCCUUGCAUGCAAACCCUACAUGGUUGAAGACCUAUUGAACGAGCCGGGCAUAGCCAAGGCUCUCCACGGUAAACUCAUGAUCAGCAUUUGCGCCGGUAUCACUGUUCCCCAGAUCGAGAAGAUUCUACACGGUGCCGUCCCCGAGAAAGAUCCUGAGGUCGACGGACGAUGCAGAAUCGUAAGAGCCCUACCUAACACAGCCAGCAUGGUCCGACAAGGUAUGACCGUAAUCGCGAAUUCCACUCCCCCCUUACCUCCCCACACCUCCAGCCUUGUGACCUGGAUUUUCAAGCGUAUCGGCGACGUUAUCUACCUUCCUGCCAAGAACAUGGAUGCCUCGACAGCACUCGCCGGCUCUGGUCCAGCAUUCUUCUCCCUCGUCCUCGAAGCUGCUAUCGACGGCGCAGUGUCUCUGGGUGUACCACGAGCUGAGGCUCAGAGAAUGGCAGCUCAGAGUAUGAAGGGUUGUGCUGCGUUGGUCCAGAACGGAGAUCACCCGGCCCUGCUUCGUGACAGGAUCAGCACACCAGGUGGAUGCACCAUCGAGGGUCUCUUGGUACUCGAGGAGGGAAAGGUACGAUCAACUGUCGCCAAAGCAGUGAAAGAAGCCGCCGUCGUUGCUAGCCAGCUUGGAAAAGGCACCUAGGUAGAGUGAGGAUUACCUCUAAAUGUGUAUAUUGCAUGGAGUUUGCGGCGUUUGAAAAUAGACUAGAAUCACAGUUGAGAUC